AUGUCGGCUCACCAACUUCCGGCAUGUGUAAUCGACAACGGAACCGGUUACACAAAACUCGGUUUCGCUGGAAACAUGGAACCACAAUUCAUAAUUCCCUCUGCAAUUGCUGUCAAAGACAAAGUGACAAGUGCAAAUUCGCAAGCGCUGAGAUGGAAUAAUCGAGGAACUGGAGCUGGUAUUGAUGAUUUGGACUUUUUUAUUGGAGAUGAAGCAUUGAGUCCAGCAGCUGCUAAUUAUACUGUCAAAUAUCCGAUUCGACAUGGAAUUGUUGAGGAUUGGGAUUUGAUGGAAAGAUAUUGGGAACAAUGUAUAUUUAAAUAUUUGAGAGCUGAACCAGAGGAUCACUUUUUCUUGUUGGUGGGUUUUCAGCUUGAAUUUUUUUGAACCGUUGGGCUUUAAAAAAAGUUCAAAAUUUGGCUUUGGAAACGGUUUGAAAUGCCACGUCAUAGCUUAUAACAACCCAAUGUUUGCACAAAUUUUGUAUUACUUUCAAAAAAAUUGGCCCAAUUUUAGGAAAUAUUUUGAAACGUAUAAUUUUUGGGGUAAAAAUCAUCAAAAUGUAUAGUUCAACAAUCAAGUUCUGGGCUGAAAAAAUCAUGAGAAAUUCCAAAAAAAAUCACGGCUUCCGAUUUCUGUGCCUAAAAAUCUCCAUUUUCAGACCGAACCACCACUAAACACCCCAGAAAAUCGUGAAUAUACAGCCGAAAUUAUGUUCGAAUCAUUCAAUGUUCCCGGUUUGUAUAUAGCUGUUCAAGCGGUUUUGGCAUUGACGGCUUCUUGGCAAUCGAGAGCUGCAAAUGAGAGAAGUUUGACCGGAUUGGUGAGUUUUUGAUGAAAUUUGGAGAAUUUUUAUACUAGAUUCGAUGGGGUUACUGUAGAUUUGGGUCCUGGAGCGAUUUGGAGAAUUUUUAAUUUCAGGUCAUCGAUUCAGGAGAUGGUGUAACUCAUUGUAUUCCAGUCGCCGAUGGUUAUGUUAUAGGUUCAUGUAUUAAACAUAUCCCAAUUGCCGGAAGAGAUAUCACAUAUUUUAUUCAAAAUUUGUUGCGUGAAAGAGAACAUGCGAUUCCGGCUGAACAAUCGUAUGAAGUUGCGAAAACUAUCAAGGUAAUUUCGAUUUUUGGGUCUUGAAGCGAAAAAUUAUGUUUUUGAUUAAAUUUAGAGCAUUUUGAGGUCGAAAUUCUAUGUCCUGGGCCGUUUUUUGAAAUAUUUCGAACUGAAAUUCGAUCAAAAAUCAGUUUUUUAGGUUCUGAAGCGAAAAAUCAUGUUUCGAUAAAAUUUGGAGCAUUUUGAGUCCAGAUUCAAAAACCACAGUAGUUCAGAAAAAUUACUAUUUUUUUCGUUUAUAUUUCAGAAGUUCCUUAUGAUAAAAAUGCACCCCGAAAAUUUGGUAAAUAAUGAAUGGGACCCCAAAUGGGACCCCAAAUGACUGAAUGGGACCCCAUGCUGAAUGGGACCCCGGUAUUUAAAAAUCGUCGUGAUGAAUGGGACCCCAAAAUAAUAAAAUGGGACCACAGCAUUUUUUUGAAUUGUCUGAAUGGGACCCCGCAAAAAAAGGGACCCCGUUGAAUUUUUGUAUGAGUAUGAAUGGGACCCCAUUGAAAUUUCUUCAGAAUGGGACCACAGGUAGGGUAUAAACUUAGACGUAUCCUCAGCACUGGGGUGAGGCAUAGGCUUAGGCUUAGUUAGGAUUUCAGGCUUAGACUUAGUUAGGCCUUUAGGCUUAGGCUUAGUCAGGGUUUUAGGUCUUUGUUAGGAUUUCAGGUUUAGGCUUAGUUAGGAUUUUAGGCUUAGGGUUAGUUAGGCCUUUAGGCUUAUGCUUAGUUAGGGUUUUACGCUUAGGCUUAGUUAGGAUUUUUAGCCUAGGCUUAGGCUUCAAAUUUUGUAUCCCUUUCAGUAUAAAAUUUCAGUGGGGUCCCAUUCGUACUAAUACAAAAAUUCAACGGGGUCCCUUUUUUUGCGGGGUCCCAUUCAGACAAUUCAAAAAAGCUGUGGUCCCAUUUUAUUAUUUUGGGGUCCCAUUCAUCACGACGAUUUUUAAACACCGGGGUCCCAUUCAGCAUGGGUCCCAUUCAGUCAUUUGGGGUCCCAUUUGGGGUCCCAUUCAUUAUUUGCCCGAAAAUUUGUGAGCCUAAAUUUUCUCUCCAAACACUUUCCGAUCUUCAAUUCCCACCUCCCACAAUUUCCCAUUUUUACAGGAGCGAUAUUGCUAUGUUUGCCCAGACGUAAUGAAGGAAUUCGUGAAAUACGACACUGACGCCGAAAAAUGGCUAAAAACCUAUGACGGAAUCAAUAAUAUCACCAAAAAACCAUUUUCUGUCGAUAUUGGAUAUGAGCGAUUCUUGGGACCUGAAAUCUUUUUCCAUCCCGAAUUCUGUAAUCCCGAUUUCACUACUCCAAUCUCUGAUACUGUUGAUAAUUUGAUUCAACAAUGUCCGAUUGAUGUAAGAAGAGGAUUGUAUGAGAAUAUUGUAUUAUCUGGUGGAUCUACGAUGUUUAAGGAUUUUGCCAGAAAAUUGCAACGGGAUGUGAAACGAUUGAGUGAUGCUAGAUUGCAGAGUAGUGAAGCAUUGAGUGGAGGAAGAUUGAAGGUGAGGAAUUUUUCAAGAAUUAUUUUGUUUUGGGGGUUUUUGGUGUUAAAAAGAAUAAUUCUGAUUGAAAAAUUAGCUGAAAAUCUGAAAUUUUGAUAGAAAAUAACCUGAAAUUCAUAUUUUUUGACACUUGGAAAACUGAAAAAAUUUAAAUAAUUAAUUUAAGCGUGACCUCUUAUUUUAAUACGUGGAAAUUUUAUUUCGAAAAUUUUUCAUUUCUAAUUUAUGUCGAUUGUUUUCCUGGAUUUUCGAAUUUUUGUGAGUUCUUGAAAAUAUGUUGAAAAUUAUCUGGAAUCCAGGUUUUUUGGGCUGGUUUUCAGAUUUUCGCUGAAAAUUUUGUAUUCUUUGUGUAACAAUAAAAUGUUUCAUGAUAAAUUCUCAAUUGUAUUUUUUGAGACUUUUUAGCUGAAAAAAUUUAUUUUCAAUUUAAAUGACACGUGGCAAUUUUCAGAAAACCUGAAAAUCUGGAAUUUCUCAGGAAAACAUUUUCUGAGCUCUAAAAAUCAUAGAAAAUCCAAUUUUCCAAUAAAAAAUCUAUAAAUUUUACAGCCAAAACCAAUCGAUGUUCAAGUGAUUUCCCAUAAAAUGCAAAGAUAUGCAGUUUGGUUCGGUGGAUCAAUGUUGGCCUCAACUGUAAGUUUUGUGCCAUUUUUGGUUCCAAAAUUCAAGAUUUGACCUCAAAUUCGUGAUUUUUGGUGAAAAUUGUUCUAAAAUUCUUGAAUUUUGGAUAAUUUUGACCUAAUGUUCAUAAUUUUCACCCAAAAAUCCAUCCAAAAAUUAUUUUUCAGGCCGAAUUUUACCAAGUCUCCCAUACAAAAGCCGAAUACAUGGAAAAAGGUCCCUCAAUUUGCCGCUAUAAUCCAGUUUUUGGAGCACUUACCUAA